UGAGUGUCCCGCGCUCAGUGCGCCGGUGUCGCACUGUGGAGUCAGUUCAAGCUGAACAUCGCCUAUAUUACUGAGCGGUUUUUGCUGAAGUUGGAUGACAUGACAUACUUUCCCUGUGAAUGGAUACGCGCGGUGUGUGAGCUGACAGCCGGGACUUUAAGAUGAGAAUAUGCUCAGCAGUGCAGAGCAAACAGACCCCCUUUCAGCGCGAAGGUGGUGAAGCUCCACAAAGUCAUUCCUGUGUUUAAGUGCGCGCAUCCCAGAGGAGUCUUGUGUGUCAUCAGGACCUUGAAACACACCCACACACCCACACACACACACACUGAUGCUCAGCCUCUACUUUUUACAGUAGACCUUGCAGACCUCUAACCUCUGAAAGAUUGAUGAGGUCCUGUCCAGGCAGCGCCCCAGCACAGCGUUGAUAAGGCAGCUUUAAUUUCACCACAUUUUAUCCCUCAGGCCUUCUUUUAUUGUCCUCUUUUCCUCCCUGCUGGGGGACGCAGGGGCUUGCUUUGAAGGGUGAGAAAAAGGAGGGAUGGCAAGGCCACUGGGCGAGGAGGACAUUGCUUUAAGAAACAGGAACAAUGAAAUGCCUCAUAAAUGAGAGUUAUUUUUUCCUCAUGUGGGACAGCCGUGUGGAAGCCAAGCAUGAGCCUACUGUUGGCAGGUCUCUGUCAAACUGUUGGAGCUGGAACAGAGUGAAACUACAGAGAGACACUCAGAGCUGAGAGUUGCUUCACACAACCACACACAACCACACACACACACACACACACACACACACACACACACACACACACACACACACACACACACACACACACACACACACACACACACACACACACACACACACACACACACACACACACAGCAAACACAGUUGUUCCACACAGGACAAUGUGCAACAUCUCGUUCUGUGAUGUGGACAGUAAGGUGGACCAGUUCUUCCAGCCCACGCUCUACAUCAUCGUCAUCGUUCUGGGGCUGCCCACCAACUGCAUGGCCCUGUGGGCUGCCUAUAUGCAGGUACGGCAACGCAAUGAGCUUGGCAUCUACCUGAUCAACCUGUCCGUGGCGGACCUCCUCUACAUCAUCACCCUUCCUCUGUGGAUCGACUACUUCCUGCAGCACGAUGACUGGAUCCACGGUCAGGAGAGCUGCAAGUUGUUCGGCUUCAUCUUCUACACCAACAUCUACGUCAGCAUCGCCUUCCUCUGCUGUAUAUCACUGGACAGGUACCUGGCCGUGGCAUAUCCUCUGCGCUUUGCAAAGGUUCGACGAAUCAAAACGGCGAUCCUGGUCAGCGCCAUGGUGUGGAUUAUUGAAAUCGUAGCAAACUCUGCUCCUCUCUUCCACGACGAGCUAUUCCAGGACCGGUUCAACCACACAUUCUGCUUUGAGAAGUAUCCCAUGCAGGACUGGGUGGCAGGGAUGAACCUCUACAGGACAUUUCUGGGCUUCCUCGCUCCAUGGACAGCCAUGCUUGUGGCUUACCGUGGGAUUUUAGUAGCUGUGCGCUGCAACGUCUCGACAGAGCGCCAGGAAAAGGCCAAAAUUCAGCGUCUGGCUUUGAGUCUGAUACUGAUUGUUUUGCUGUGCUUUGGACCGUACCACAUUCUGCUCCUGGUGCGGAGCGUGAUGUUUCUAAACAAGCCAUGUGACUGCGGUGCAGAGGAGAAGCUGUUUGCGGCAUACCAUGUAUCGUUGGCACUGACCAGCCUCAACUGCGUCGCCGAUCCCAUUUUGUACUGUUUCGUCAAUGAGGGGGCUCGGCAUGAUGUCGGCCGAGCGCUCUCAGCUUUGCUUUCUGCAGCUUGCUACAAGGGCUCCUCUUCCUCACCAUCGCACGGCGACAUACUCAACGCUGGUUCAGUGACUAUGGAAACGCCGCUGGCAGCAAAAAAGCAGCCAUGUGUAUACGCCGAUGGAGCCAAGACGAGCAGCUACAAGACAGAACUGGUGGCUCUGAAGGAGGAGUGUCUACAGAUGACGAUCCUCAGUGUUAGGAAGACUCAAACCUGAAGCCCACUUCAAAGGUCCAAACUCCUUAUCUCAGUGGAUGGAGAAUGCCCCCGACACUGAGAGGGUCCAAUGUCUUCUGGCCUGUUAGGCUGAGAUGAGAAGCAUUUUCUGAGGCUGUGGGUGAUUUGCCCCACCAAUUCCAUUAAAUGGCAUUGACAAGCCAGAAGGGUAAUGAGAUUUCUGAAAUAAACAAGACAUAUCGUCGGUCGUCACGGUACAAGCCUGUGCGAGUUCAAAAUGCUCACACAUCUGAAAGCAAAGUUGUUUUAGUUUGGUCUUAGGUUGGCACUUGGACAGGCCAAAAACUACACAUUCUUAUUCCAGGUUCCAAUUCCAGUUCUUAAUUAAAUGAAAAAUUCCAGGUUACUAUUCCAAUUCCAGUUCUAAAUUCCAAUUCUAUUCCAUUUUCCAAUUCAAGUUCAAGUUCUUAACUCCAAUUUCAGAUUUCACCAAUUCCAAUUGCAAUUCUAAAUUCCAAUUCCAGGUUCCAAUGUAUUUUUCCACAUUCCAAACAUGUCUAUCUUUUAUGCUGCAACGUUUUUAGCGCUGACAUUGACAGCUCGUCAGUCAUAAGCUUUAAAGCAGGGGUGUCCACAUACAGAAACACAUAGAAAGGUCUGGGCCCUCACCAAAGGUGAGGUAUAUUGCCUCACAAGUUGAGUUAUAAGUUAGCAACAUUAAUCAAAUGUAGGUACAUUUUUCUUUAUACUUGAAUAUGCUUUAAGAAACAUCUCAGCUCUCCGUAGGGUUUCAGUUAUUUAGUUGGCAGCUCAAUUCUCAAAACAGGAGCCUCAGAUUGUUGAUAAUAAGGGGAAAUAUGAAGGGUCUAUUUGCAGUUUGUUAUGCCAAUAAGUUGUUGGGCUAUGAUCUGUUUGAAACAUUUUUCAACUUUAAUUGACUCAAUUGAUUUGAAAAUUGGUUUUAUUAACACAUGAAUACUGUGUAAUAUAUUAUUUGUACAUAUUUAAUAUAUUUAACAAGUUUCAGGUGUGGACAUAUUCCAUUAUACUUUUAGCAUUUGCUGAGGGCCAAUUAAAAUUGGGCCGCGGGCCGCAUUUGGCCCCCGGGCCGUACUUUGGACACCCCUGCUUUAAAGGAUAUUCUGAGGUAGUGUUGACCGAGUUGAAGUGACCUACUGGUGGUGCUAAAUGAAAAGUCACGGGAUCUCUUUAAGUCCUCAGUAUUUAGACCAAAAAUGUCUGUACCAAAUCCAUCCAGUAGAUGUUGAUAUUUCAGUGUGGAGCAGUGUAGUACCGACAGAUCAACAGAGCAGCUAGGCCAGCAGGUAUUUACAAUGCCACAGGAAGAUGUCCUUGAGUAUUUAAGUUGAACUAUUUAAAAAGAGCACAUUCUGCAUGGAUGAGCAUUUUUAGUGGGCCGAGAAGAGAGACUGCAUGGACAACCAACCUUCACAAAGGGCAAUUUAAGAAGAUUGGAUUCUGACACCCAAAUGCACCACUGAGCAAUAUGGAAAAAGAGCAGAAUGGUAAUAAAGAAGAUGUGUAUUACUGUUUGAUAAAUCUUUUCUCAAGCUUGUCGGAAAUGUCUUAACCGUUUCAUUGUUUUUCUUGACGAAGUAUUGAAGCCUUAUAAAGUACCUCAGCUUGUUAACUGUGACAGCAAAAAGGCUUAGAGUAGAUGUGUCUCUAAUGUAAUGUGAGCAAUGUUUCUCUCUUUUUUACCAUAGGCAGCAAAAGGUAUCACACUGAAAAAGUCCUUAACCAAAGCCUGCAUUCAGCUCAGUUUGAAAGUCAAAUGUAUCAGUUGUUUAAACUCCAUUAGGUUGAGGGCAAGGAAGCACAGAAAACAACAUCCAAGACUACCCUCAGUUCACCGGAGAACGUUUACAUUCCCAUGUUCAGACAGAUUAGUCCCCAAACCUCCUUAUUUUACUUUUAAAUACACACUUUUUUAAUUUAAGUUUCCUCAUCACAUAAAUUAAACUAACUAUUAAAUAAAAAGUUUCACAUCUUCGUUUCCCCUGAGGCAAUUUUUGUAAAUUCUUUCUGGAUUCAAGCAACAAUCCUGGCUGCUGAGAGUUUGCCUUUUUGGAAAAUACUUUGACCUGUCAAAAGUGAAAUGCACAAAUCAAGACAUACUUUACUCGAUACCCAUAUAAAACUAACCCUAACCCUAACUGUAUUUCCAGUGGUAAGAACUGUGGCAGCAGUCUAUAUGGUAGUGUUUUAUUUAACAUUUGUUGUAUUUAUUUUUUACUGCAUGUUUGCCUUUUCUUUUGUAAGUGAAGCUGUAAUAGCUGCCAUACUUUGCCAUACAUUUAAUGUACUGUCUGAUUCACUCGAUUUUGAGUAACUAGAGCCUAGAAAAGAGGGGUUUUAAAAUCUGUUCCUAUGAUGCACAUCCAAGAUCUCAAAUCACACUGACCUGAGAGGUUUUCCCUUUUUUAAAUUGGCAGCUAAUUUUCACAAAGAUCAACUUUGUUUUGGCAUUUGUUAACCAAAACGUAGAAUAUCUGCUUCUUCAAAACAACACCCAAAGAUAGGAUAGUACUCAUUGCUCCUAUGUGCACUUUUUUUUGGAAAAUCUUUGGUAAUAACAUUUCAACAAAUUGUCUGUUUACAGGUUGUCCCGCUGUAUGUUCAGAUUUAUAACAACGUACAAACUGUUCUUAUAGGAAUGCAAGUAAGUCUGAAAUAACCCCCGUCCCACACAGCGAUUUCGUGUUGAUAAGCAAACCAGUGUCUAUGUUACAGUUCCACAGGCUUACAAUUAUGCUUUAAGGUUUUUUCGGAAACCUUUAAUUUUAUGUGGUCUUGGCACAAAAGCAUUCAUCUAGUCAGUUCCCAUGAUGUUAUGGCAGGUUUCUAAACGCUGCAGUGAACCAUUGCUUUUGUUGUGCAUCUGCAUGUCAGUGUGAGAGAGGAUGUACCGGCUGUCAAAAGAUGUUUUUGUACAAAAAUGUCAGUGAGAAAUAAAUGAUGCAUACAAACCA